CGAUAAAUGCUUCCACCCACUUACGAAAGGACUUUGGUUGGCUGAUCAAAGUUCCGCCCUUCACCGCCGGUGUGUCACUGACAGCAACAGCGCCAUGUAUCGCUCUCUGCGAAGCGUCCAGCGAUUAAACAGCAACCUCCUAGCACUGCAAAGGAGCAUUGCCAACAAAAAUCACAGUCCUGUUAUUGGGGGAAUUAUAACUGCGUCCAGAAUGGCAAGUUCGGAGUCUUAUAGAGUUGAACGAGACACCUUUGGAGAGUUGAAAGUACCAAGCGACAAGUACUAUGGAGCCCAGACGGUCAGAUCUACAAUGAAUUUCAAGAUUGGUGGUGUUACUGAACGAAUGCCAAUACAAGUCAUCAAAGCCUUUGGGAUUCUGAAGAGGGCUGCUGCAGAAGUGAACAAAGACUACGGACUGGACCCAAAGAUUGCUGAUGCCAUCGUCCAGGCUGCCGAUGAGGUCACUGCUGGGAAAUUGGAUGACCACUUCCCCCUGGUCGUGUGGCAGACGGGAUCUGGCACUCAGACAAACAUGAAUGUGAAUGAAGUCAUCAGCAACAGGGCCAUUGAGAUCCUAGGUGGGAAACUAGGGAGCAAGGAUCCAGUGCACCCUAAUGACCAUGUCAACAAAAGCCAGAGCUCCAACGACACGUUUCCCACGGCCAUGCACAUCGCAGCCGCCAGGGAGGUGCACGACGUGCUGCUGCCGGGGCUGCAGACCCUGCACGACGCACUGGCGGCCAAGGCCGUCGAGUUCAAAGACAUCAUCAAGAUCGGACGCACUCACACCCAGGACGCCGUGCCACUGUCCCUGGGACAGGAGUUCAGUGCCUACGUCCAGCAGGUGAAGUACAGCAUGGAGCGGGUGAAGGCGGCCAUGCCCAGAGUGUAUGAGCUGGCAGCCGGUGGCACCGCGGUCGGCACAGGCCUCAACACCCGCAUUGGCUUUGCUGAGAAAGUGGCCGAGAAAGUGUCAGCUCUUACAGGUUUGCCGUUCGUGACUGCGGCCAACAAGUUUGAGGCGCUGGCGGCCCACGACGCCCUGGUGGAGCUGAGCGGCGCUCUGAACACGGUGGCCUGCAGCAUGAUGAAGAUCGCCAACGACAUCCGCUUCCUGGGCUCCGGGCCGCGCUCAGGCCUGGGGGAGCUCAUCCUGCCCGAGAACGAGCCGGGCAGCAGCAUCAUGCCAGGGAAGGUGAACCCAACACAAUGUGAGGCUAUGACCAUGGUGGCCGCCCAAGUAAUGGGAAAUCAUGUGGCUGUGACUAUUGGAGGCAGCAAUGGACACUUUGAAUUGAAUGUAUUCAAACCGAUGAUGAUCAAAAACGUGCUCAACUCUGCCAGGCUGCUUGGUGACGCCUCCGUCUCCUUCACCAACAACUGCGUGGUGGGCAUCCAGGCCAACACGGAGAGAAUCAACAAGCUGAUGAACGAGUCCCUCAUGCUCGUCACGGCUCUCAACCCUCACAUAGGUUACGACAAAGCUGCUACCAUUGCCAAGACUGCCCACAAAGAGGGAUCAACACUAAAAGCGACAGCCAUCAAGCUUGGGUAUCUCACAGAGGAACAGUUUGACCAGUGGGUCAAGCCUCACGAAAUGCUGGGCCCUAAGUAGGUGUGUCAGAGUAGGAAUGGAUCAACGCGCAACAUCCACCCCCAUCUUUGUACAAUAAAAUUAAUUUUGAAGAUGAAAGGUAUUUUUUUGUAUUAACUUACCUUCCCUCACUAUUAUAGAAAGGCAACAAGGUCUUGUUACGCUGCUUGAUGGCAAUAAAUGCUGGUAUAGAGACCUGUCAGGUUAGCUAUCGGGUAGGCAGCUACAAUCAUCCUUCUCUUCCUUACCCCAGCCACACGUCUAACAUAUUUUUUUUCGUACCCUCACUGAUGUGUGAACAUGAGAAGCCAAAAUGUGGUAAUUCUGUUGAUGCAAAAAUAUUACAUCUCGGUUAGUUUUGGACUUCUUUUCUCAACACUUUCACACCUGAAGGUGCAGUGGCUCAGUCCCAGCAGGGAUUCUAAGCUGUCAUGUCUAGAGUUGAGCACUCUGACAGCUACUGCGCACCACUGUGACCAUUCAUAUGUUUAUGUAAUCUGAAUUCAGAGCUCAUUCGUGUGUUUAUGUAAUCUGGAUUCAGAUCAGGAUCUGAGAUGUUACAGAUCAAGUAAAGACAGUUUUGGCAGUCUCAUCCUGGCAAGUUGAUGUGUGCUCUCAUUUUGCAUGCUUUUCAUGUGUGUGGGACAGCUCAUUAUAAGCGCGGCCUUAUAAUGUGACAGCAUUUUUCAUAAGUCAUCGAUGGUAAAUGAAUCUGAAUGUUUGCCAACAACAUCUUGCCGCUGCAAAGGCAAUCUGUCUCCCAAGAUCCCCUUUGUAGGCAAACUAUUGAUUGUUCGUUGGCCAAUGGGACACAAAGGUUUUGGCCCUGUUAACCAUCCGAUGUUCACUUUAACCACCUCUUACUUCUCUUGCUUAAUCCUGUCGCCAUGGAUACGGACAUCCCCUUCAGAUUCCUUCUCGGCUUGCCCAGGACAAGCGCAGCUCCCAGAUGACUUUGCGUGCGGAAUACAGUGUCCUGACAAACCAGAAAGGAUGACAAGUUGUGUGUCUGAACAAGCUGAAUGCAGAUGAUGAGAGCUGACAGUCCUUGCUUGCAGUGUUGUUUUAGGCAGUAUUGUCAUUGAAGAAAUACGGAGGGAUUACUCUUGUAAUGGAAUUUUUUCGUUUUAAUAGAAAGGGUAAUUAAAAUCAAUACUAUCCAGCAUGUUUAUUUGGCCUUAAUAACGUGCAGUAAUCUUGUUGUAGAAAGUGACAAAAUUAAGUUAAAGCCAAUGCUGUUUGCGAUUUGUGAAUUGGACCCCAGUGGAAAGCCAGUCCAGGGGUUUCAAUACCAUGCUCGUGAAAGCGUUUGUGGAAUCGGCUGACAGAAAAAUGUAAUUUUGCUGAUUGAUCGUUGGUUGGUUGACGGCAUAAUUGUUUCUGAAUUGGAAUGCUGUGUGAAUCAAUUUUAAAAGCAUCAUCCUUGGUGGUGAAAAGAAAAAAAAGAAUGGCAUUCAUUAUUGCUGGGAUCACUUCAAAAGUCAGUAGCUAUUGAGUGGAUCACACGUUUUUCAUAAAACCAUGAUAAAAUGAAAGAAAGUUAAUAUAAUUAGAGGAAAAGCAAAGUAUUUUCCCAAAGAGACACUACAUUAGACAUUGAAUCAAAACAUUGCUCUAACAAGAUAGCGCAUUAUUUCUGCCAGAUGUUUGAUGGUAACUUUAUUUGUGCCAUAAUUUCAACUUGUUUGGCAGAUAAGAUCUUUCCUGUGUCAUUGCAUGACAAUUAUUACAUAUUUUCAACACUUCUUAUUUCUUGUGCAGAGGUUGAGCUGUACCAACCAGCAGUCUAAAAAGAUUUGCAGGGUUUAUCAGCAUUUUCACACAUUUUAUUCAGUCUGCCUGAUGAUGCCAAAUAUCUCACACGUA